AUGGCGGGCGGCGAGAACGACUGGGAGGUCAAGGGCGGCGGUCGGCGCAACAAAAAGCAGAAGCCGUCUCUGGUGUGGACUGUCGGAGGCAAAGGCGGUGGCUCGUCCUGGGUGGGGGCGGGCCCGAGUGACUCAUGGACGUGCGGGACAUGCGGUACAGGUGCGAACUGGAGUACGCGUACGUCCUGCCGUGCCUGUGGCGCGGGUCGCCCUGGGUACAAAGGCAAGGGCAAGGUCACUACCACGCCUGAGGUGGGGCAGUGGUUCCGCACCUCCUUCCCACCGGUGGCGGCCAGGCCUUGGCGUGCGGCCGCGGAGGCCAAGGCGCCUACGGCUUUGCAAAAGCUGGAGGAACGCAGGAAGGUCCUGGUCCAGUGCGCCAAGGACUGGGGGGGUGACGCGCCUCACCUCGACCAGGCGGUGGCCGACAUCGACAGGCAGAUCCAGGACGCCAAGGCGGAGCGCACGCAGGCGAAGCCGUUGUCUGGACAGCUGCGAGAGGCACAGGUCCAGCUGGGGCAGAUCGACAAGCAGCUUGAGCGCUUGGCCGAGACCGAGAGGAAGGCCAACCAGAUGCUGCUCGAGGUCAAGAAGGAGAGGGAUGAGGCUGCGAAGCGCAAGGAGGAGCUGGCGACCACGAUCCUGGAGCUCCAGGGGAAGAUUGCGGUGGCGGGCCCAGCGGCCCCAGCCUCGAACCUCGACGUCAUCCGAGUGCAGUUGGAGUGCAUCGCCAAGUCCGUCGGCAGUGACAUCCAGUCCCUCGGCCUCAAUUUCGCCACGCUCGAGUCCCUCCUGGAGGCCAAGGCUAAGGAAGGGGCAGCAAAGGCUGAGGCUGCUGAUACUGGUGCUGCUAAGCAGCCUGGUCAGGCUGACGACGGGGGCGGACCAGAAGACGAAUCCAUGGGAGACAUCGCGGGGGCUGAGGAGUUGCCACCAGGUGUCACCGAGACUGAACGUAAGUGGAUCAACGGGCAGGAGCCAGUGCCCGACCAGGAGGAGAACCCGCACUUGUUCAAGCGGUACCAAGAGGUGCUCAUGUCGGUGCACUCCUGCCAGUUGGCCAAGAGGAGUGAGCACGGUGUCUUGAGGGCGGGAAGUGUGGCCAGGUCCACGCCCGCGGGGCCGUUGCGCGGCUUCGUGCCUGCGGCGACGGCGAGGAGUCAGGGGGCAGACUCGGGCCAGUGGCGAGGAUACGCGAGGGUCCUGCACGACCGCCGCAUGAUGAGGCUCCUGGUUGACAAGGCGAAUGACGACAAGCAGGUGGUCAUUGUGUGGACUUUCAACGGCUCGGGAUGGGGAACCAUCAGAGAGAAGCUCUUGGAGAAGAAGGUGGGGCAGCAGAAGCACAUCUACGCCUUCCAGGAGCACCGCCUGAAAGAGGACCAGUGGGCUGGAGUUACCCACAGUUUGCGUCAGAGUGGCUACCAAGUUGGUGGAGCGGAGGCGGUGCCCACGCUGGGCCCCAUGGGUGAGCCAGGAACCUCUGCAGGAGUGGGAAUCGCUGUGCCGAACAGGAUUGGCAUGGCGUACGUGUGUGGGCAGACCAGCUGGGAUUGGUCCCCCAGAGGAUCCCCAGGAAGAGCUGCAGCGGCAUGGGUAGCAGUAGGUAGAGGCGGCAUCGUGGUGGCGACGGUGUACCUGUGGACGGCCGAGCAGAUGUCGCGGCGGAACAGGGGGCUGAUGGACCACGUGUUGGGGAAGCUGCACGAGCUCAACAUGCCGUGGGUGUUGUGCGGGGACUUCCAGAAUGCCCCUGCCGUCCUGGCGGGUUUGGAUUCGAUCAAGCUCAUUGGCGCGACGCUGGUGGCCCCCUCUGCCGCGAGCGGAACCUGUCGGUCUGCGAGUGGAUGUUCCACAAUAGACUAUUUCGUAGUAUCGAGGGAGUUGGCAGGCCAAGUGAGGAAGGUGGCCAUCCACGAGUCUUGGCCUUCGGCGCCGCACAAGCCGGUGGGGAUCACGCUCGACCUGAGGCCGCAGGAGAGGAAGGAGCGGAUUCUCAUCACGCCGAAGAAGUUGGAAGGAAUCAGCAUCGGGUGCGCGCCUGAGCCGCCCCUAUACGACGAGGUGGGGGUUUUCAGCGACGUGACGGUGGCGACCAGGACCUGGGCUUCCUUCAUUGGCAAGCUGGAGCGCGAGGCUUUCGCGGCGCGGGGGCUGGAGUGGCACCCCAGGCAUGAGUGCGCAGGGCGUGCGGGCCCACCGCGCUGGAAAGAGAGAGCGAUCCUCAGAGGAGGCGGCAACCACCCAGCCCCGCAAGGAGACGCUCUGUGGUGGCGAUGGCUCGCGCGCACUUUGCAGACCCUGGCGGGGAACUACGAGAGGCUCAGGUCGUCUUCGGGCAGUGCCCGUGCGCGCCAGGAGUGGGGCAUGAUAGCUAGUGAUCUGGAGGAACGCCUCAGGAGCGUGAGCCACGAGUUCAGGUGUGAGCUGGUCGGCGAGGAGAAGGAGCGGUGGAAAGAAAGGUGUACCCUGCUGGCGAAAGGGCGCUGGCGAGGUGCUGACCAGAAAGCCAGCCUGGACGCGAUGAUCCUGGAGGCCAAGGAGCGGUCCAAGCGGGAGGACCAGGCCCUGGUAAAUGAAAGAAGGAGGCAGUGGGCUGAAAAGCUGGAGGAGGCUGCGAAAGGAGCAGCGGGCGGACUCCACAGAAUCAGCAAACCAGUGGACAUUUGGAGGCCGAGGAGAGCGAGUACACCCCGAGCUUCGGCAGACCCGUUGCGGGCAGCGGAAGCGGCCCUGGGGGAGUGGAACGCAGUCUGGAAGGUGAACGACCCGAUGCAGGAGCAGGAGCGGCGGUGGGAGACGGAGCCGCGUCAGGAGUUGCCAGAGUUCACAGAGGACGACUUGGCCAAGUUAAAGAAAGUGGCGCGCACCUUCAAGAAAAAGACAGCACAAGGAGUGGACCGCUGGCACCCCGCCAUGCUGCAGGGGGCUUCGGACGCAGCGCACUGGACGCUCCUGCAGAUCCUGAGGGAGGUGGAGCGCGCGCUCGUCUGGCCGCUGCAUGCAGCCGCGGUCAUUUUCUUCCUGAUCCCGAAGAGCGUAGCGGUCGAUCGUGCCAUCGGCCUCCUCCCGACCCUGGUGAGGGUGUGGGAGAUCAUGAGGGAGCCCUACAUGAUCGAGUGGGCCAAGGCGAACCAGCGCUCUUGGGAUUGCACGGCCUUCGGCAAGGCGGCGGAGGACGCGGCUUGGGAGGUUCUCCUCGCCAACGAGGGCGACGAGGUGCAGGAUUCGGACCCGCGUACCCUAGCGACGGUGACGGCCAUCCUCGACCUGGUCAAGGCGUUCGAGAGGGUGAGCUUGCAUGUGCUGUGGGAGCGUGGUAAGGCCAUGGGCUUCAAUACGGGGGUGCUGGCGGUGGUGUGCUCCUACUUUGCCAUGGCGAGGCGAGUCAACGCGGGGGGGGCCAUCUCGGAGGAGACGAGGACAGUGGCUACGAUCAUCGCGGGCAGCAAGUUCUCGGUGGGUUUCCUCAAGAUGGUCAUACAGGACACGAUUGACGGUUUGGUUGUGGAGUACCCGCUGGUGCAAUGGAGGAUGUAUGUUGACGAUUUGUGCCUCAGGCAGCGAGGGGCGCAGCAGUGGAUCGUGGACAGCUUCCCGUCCGUUGUGGACGACAGCGUGGACGGCUUCGCGGCCUUGGGGCUCGAGUUCUCCCUGGGCGACCAGGGCAAGGGGGCGGUCAUGGCCAGCACCAAGUGGCUGAGACAGGCUCUCAAGCAGGAUGCGGCAGAGAGAGGGCUGCCUUUGGUGCUGGCCUGCCCUUACCUCGGAGUCGACGUGGUGGCCCACGGGACGGCGGCCAAGAACAAGAGUGGCAAGAGGUUCAAGCGCGUGAGGAACAGGGUCGCCAGGCUAAAGGGGCUGAAAGGCUCAGGCAAAGGUGUGACUAGAGGGGUUGGCUUGGUGUACAAGUGCGGCCUCAAGAGAUCGGUAAUGUAUGGGUGCAAGUGCCUGGGCAUGCCAGACCACCAGCUGCAGCAGGUAAGGAGAGCGGCAGGCCAGUUGCUUCCAGGUUCGAGAGGAGCCAAGAGCCUCACCCUGCAGUUGGCGGUGCUGAAGGAGGACCCCACCGAGGAGGCCACACUUGCGCCAGUGGUCAGGUGGGCGAGGGCCGUCUGGGAACAGGCCGUGGCAGGAUACCUGAGAGUGCUCGUUGCAGGGGGCCAGGGGCAGGUGCAACCCUGUCGCCAGCAGGCCUUCAGGCCUGAGGCGGGUGCUAGGCUCAGGGAUGCCCUCGGUGUCUGGACGGCGUUGUGGAUCAAGGAUCUGAGGGGCGAGAAGCACCAGCGGCAGGAGGACUGGAGCCAGUGGAGUGUUCCCCUGGUCGCGGAGUACCUGCAGGAGGCAGCGCAGGCAGGCCUCCGCAGUGAACUCAGGAGGGAGGCGGUUCCCAAGGCCACAGGUGGAAGCUUGCCCCAGGAGGAGGCUCAGGAGGCGGAGUGUCUUGCUGCAGAAGUGUGUCGGCGUGCGUGGCGGAGGGCGUGCUGGAGAAGGCGUGCAGCUUUCCGUUACCUCGACGCGCUCGACGAGGAUUGCCGCGCCCAGGUCAUCUCGCAGUACAGGCAAGAGCAGGUCGCGCUGCAGAAGGUGGUGCGGCGGCUGCUGGGGUCGAGAAGGGCGCAAUGUCCCUGGGAAGGAAGCGAAGGAGGCAUGCAGGAAGAGGAAGGCUACCUAGGUGUCAGCACCAUUGAGAGCCUGGUCGAGCUGCUGCUGGUGGCGGGCAGCCAAAUGGAGAUCGCGGAGGACAAGAUAAGCAGGAGGACGAGUGUUGGCAGUGAGGCUGUCCUCCUGAGUGAGCAGAUGAGCAACGCGUGGAGGCAGCAGCAGAAGGAGGUGGGCAUGAGCCCGCAGUGGGCCAAGGUCAAAGGACCCGCGGGGGCGGUCAUCAUGUCACUGAGGAGAGCGAGGUGGACCUGGCCGUCGUGGACGGUCUACUGCACAAAGGACGGCGAGAUGGUGGACCUCACGGCGGUGUGCCCCACUGACGUCGGGGCGCUCCUCAGGGCUGACCUGCGCAGAGUGCUGUGGGAGCAGUGGACGGCGCAGCAGCCAGGCAUGGGGAGCCUAGCCCCAGGCCCGAGGCUCCCGCCAGUGGUGGCGCAGCUGGCCGCGCGGGCUUUCCCUGCGCAUGCGAAGCGGGCGGCUCGGAAGGUGGUGCUGGCGGGGGCCUGGGCCAUGAGCAGGCAUGCCGAGAUCAGCAUCACGCCGACCGACAUCUGCAUUGGGUGUGGGCUGGCGGUCGGCACCCCGCAUCAUCGUUUCUUUCGGUGCCCCGCGCUGCUCGAGGUCAGGAGGCGAGCGCAGGCGGAGUGGCAGCACGUGGCGGAGCAGCAGGAGGACGGUUUGCUCUGGACGCGUGGGCUGGCGCGGGACCCCUCGGCGGACUGGGCCCACAGGUCGGUCGACGAGGCGGACUUCCACUGCGACGUCCUCCAGGGGGCGGGCGCCCUCCUGUCGGGCGACAUCGUGUGCGACGGCUCCAAGCUGGGCACCAGCUGCUGGGCGCAGGCGGGGUGGGCCGCGAUGGCCAUCGACGCGGGAGGCGCCCCCACGGUGCAGCUCUGGGGCCCCCUGCCAUGCCGCUUCAAGGAGCAGAAGACGGUCAAGAGGGCCGAGAUGUGGGCUUUCUUAAAGACCUUGGAGACGGUGCUGCCGCCGUGCAGGAUCUUCACGGACCACCAGGGCAUCCUUGACGGCAUCAGGAGGGGGCCGAGGUGGUGCUUAAGCUGGGGAAGGCCGCACGCGGACGUCUGGAGGAGGAUCUGGCACAAGAUCGCGGACGUGGGGCUUGAGCCAGAGUGGGUGAUGCAUGUGAAGGCCCACAGGUCCAGAGCGGCCAUCAGCAGGCUCGAGGGCUUGGCGCAGCAAGUGGCCAGGGGCAAUGAGGCGGUGGACGCCCUGGCCAAGCGUGGGGCCGCGGAGGACUUCGGGUACGGCAGGGAGCAGACCCUGGAGAGCCUGGAUGAGAAGGUGAAGUGGGCCAUCCAGAACAUCGGCUGGUGGUACCAGGAGAUGAAGGAAGGAUGGCCCGACGUGCCGCCCAGGACGGGGCCGAGCAGAAGGAGGAAGCAGCAGAGGCCCUACGUCAGCCUCACGAGGCACGAGGUCGAGGUGUGUGGAGCUUGGCUGGUGUGCACGCGGUGCGGCAAGCGUGCAGCUUCGGCCAGGAUGAGGAAGAAGCUGUGGGCCUCCGCUUGCGCACCCCCUCCCUGGCAGGCGGUGGGCCACCAGUCCAGCGAGGAGCGGGGCUCGCUGGAG